AUGACCGGUGCAAAAAGGUGUUCAAUUCAAGCACCCAGAAAAGCACCAGACGCUGAUGCUAUUCGCGAGCAGCUCAGGCCUCAACGUGGUGGCUUCGACCCAACCUCAGACAAUAUUCGAGCCUGGCUCAAACAGAAUAUCGAUGAGCCGAAUAAGGAAUUCGAAUGGUUCGAAGGAAAGUACCAGAUUGCGACCCACCUCAUCUACUACACCGUCAAUAAGAUCGCAAGAGGAUUUAUCGCCGAUAGUUCUAAUUCAUACGAUUAG